UGUCAUUGUGACGUCAACGUUAGCGGUUAUGACCUCGGUUACCAUAACGCGUCAUAACAUAGAAGCAACCAUGGAGGACAACACGCAUUAUUUGAGUGCGAAAUACAGUCAUUAUCUGAUUUUUAAUCAAGCAAUCGGGUGGAAUCAAUUCGGAGAAGUGGACGUUCACCCAAAUUACCAGCUGCUAGAGCGAACAAAAGAAGGCGCUUUCAAACAAUUGCCUGUACCAGAAACAAUUGAAGAUAUUCACCUGCAUUUAAUGAAUUACAUGGUUACUACCAUGCAAAGUUUCCAGGUUCAGCAGAACAUAGAAUAUCAACGAGUAGCGGAACAACUCAGUAAGACGCGGUAUGAAACAGAAGAGAUACGACAGGAGAUCGCGGAUUGCAAUAUCGACCUCGAGCGAGCACAAAAUCACUACAACCACCUCCAGACACUUAACCACGCACUACUUGCAGACAUCCAACAAAUUCAAAACAUAGUUAAGCAACAAGAACUAGCUCUGCAGUCAUACCAGAAUAGGCAACAACGACUUGAAAACGACAUUGAAGCAUUCCGCGCUCUCUCGGAACCGUAUGAUUGCGACCAACAGUGCAGCUCCAGUAGAGUGCAUGCACCGAACGAAACAAAUAGCGCUCAUCUAUAUGAACAGUCGUACAGUUUCGCAUCACCACUGUACAUUGCAUCAGCGAUUCCAACGGAUGAAACAAUUGUGUCCGAUGGUAGGCAAGAAAACGACAGCUGCAGCCUUGAUCAGACGACCGUAGAUGGAUCCAAGAAAUUAUAUGAAUUGUUCUCUUCGGAUAAUACACAUGGAGAAAACGAAUGCUCAUCCGAAGAAAACGCUAACGACGCUAAUUAUGCCGAAGAAGAAAACGUUUAUAUUGGUUUCUUUGAUUUUCAUUAAAAGCGUAAAUAAAU